CACCGCGCAAGCUAACAUCAUUCACCAUAUCAAAUGGACACAGCUUCUCAACCCUCCAUAUAUUCACACCAUUAACAUAUCCUCAAGAACAUGCUCUAUAGAUGGCAGCUUUCAUCUUUAACUCCAAACUUCAACCAAGAAAACUCACUCUUCUCCUCAACAUAUCCUUCAUUUUCCUCACAUUUCUCUUCCUCAAAGCCUAUCUCCACCCUUCUAGUUCUAAGAUUCAUGCCUCCACACGCAUCUUCAACCAUGCUAGAUUGCUCAAUGACAUCAUUGUUGAUGGCUGCACUGACCUUCACAAGUACUCAGAUUAUGACUCCAAAUGCUUAUAUGUCAAAUCCCAUGUUCACUGUAGGUCAAAAGGGAACAUAAACUAUCUUCAAAUCUUUUACUGCAACUUUGGCCAUUCCCCAAUUCUGGGUCAAGUACUGCUUGUACUUUGGCUUGGGGUGUUGUUCUAUCUUUUGGCUGACACAGCUUCAAAUUACUUUUGUGCUUCCUUAGAAGGUUUGUCGGACAUCUUGAGACUAUCCCCCACCAUUGCUGGGGUAACCUUGCUUUCCCUUGGGAAUGGUGCUCCUGAUUUUUUUGCUAGUGUUGUUUCCUUCACAAGAUCCAAUGAUGGUGCAGUUGGCCUCAAUAGCAUUCUGGGAGGGGCAUUUUUUGUCUCUAGUGCUGUUUUGGGGGUCAUAAGUUUUCUUGUUAAUCCAAAUGAAAUUGCAGUUGACAAGGCCAGUUUCAUCAGGGAUGUCAUUUUCUUCCUUUUCUCUUUAUUCAUCCUUCUUGUCAUCAUUUCAAUUGGUAAAAUUAGCUUGUUGGGUUCAAUAUGUUAUGUUUCUAUUUACUUCCUUUAUGUCUGUGCUGUCUCUGCCACACAUUUUAUCUAUGGAGGGGACAGGCCAGAAGGGGAACUUGCAGCAUCUUCUGAUGAGUUGGUAGAGUCUGGCAUACCCUUGCUAGGUUAUGUUGAUGAUGAGAAACCAGAUGUGUCAAAUAAAGAGGUUAUUGAAGAUAAGGGGGAAAAACAAGAGGGUUUUGGUAAUGAUUCAUUUGACUGUAAUUACUGGAGCAAGUUUCUACAAGUACUAGAAUUACCUCUUAGUUUGCCAAGAAAACUUACUAUUCCAGUUGUGAGUGAGGAGGGUUGGUCAAAGCCAUAUGCUGUUAUAUCUGUCACAUUAGCCCCAGUUUUGUUCACAGCUCUUUGCAAUACCCAGAUGGAAAAUGUGAGUUCAAGAAGUAGUCUUGUUGCAUACUUAACAGCUGCUUUAAUUGGCAUUGUUUUGGGGAACAUGGCAUGUGUGACCACUAAGAGCACUAGUCCACCCAGAAAGUGCUUGUUUCCUUGGCUAGCAGGGGGCUUUUCUAUGAGUGUGACAUGGACUUAUAUCAUUGCUGAAGAACUUGUUUCCCUCUUGGUUGCACUUGGGAAUAUCAUAGGUGUUAGUCCUUCAAUCCUUGGAUUAACUGUCCUAGCUUGGGGUAAUUCUCUAGGGGAUUUGAUAGCCAAUGGUGCAAUGGCCAAGAAUGGUGGAGCAGAUGGUGCCCAAAUUGCUGUCUCUGGUUGUUAUGCUGGUCCUAUGUUUAAUAUUUUAAUGGGUUUGGGCUUGCCUCUUGUUCUCUCAGCAUGGUCUGAAUAUCCAGAUUCUUAUGUCAUUCCCAAGGACACUUCACUUUAUGGAACACUUUUGUUCCUAAUGGGAGGGGUGCUUUGGGCCCUUGUGAUAGUGAUCAAGAAGGAUAUGAGACUUGAUAGGUCAUUGGGAGCUGGGCUCUUGACCAUUUAUCUCUGCUUUUUGUUCACAAGGAUGGCCAUGGCAAUUGGUGUUAUUAGAUUCUAAAGAUGCAUUUUCAAAGGGAAGAAAGGUCCCAUUCCGAUGUAUCUCAUGAAACUGACUUAUGUUAUCAUACAUUUUAAUUUUCAAAAUUAAAAGGC